UUCUGAAUGAACAAGCUGUGGUCCACUUCUACGUCACUAGAUCACGCGCUCGGCUCUCGGUGACAGACUGACGGAAACUAUGCAGGCUCUCAAAAAGAUCAUCUUCUGGAUUAGAUUUGGUAAAGUUGGGCCGGUGCAAACAAAACACCUGCUACUUGUUUCCCUGAUGGUUACCGUCAUUGUCCUGAUCGGCGAUAUCAACAUGGCCCCGGUGAAGCUUCGACACCCGGGACAGAUCCUUGUCAAGUUUAUGUCUUCCAGUAUUUGUUGAUGAGGACCCCUGACUUGACCCUGAAAGAUGACGACAUCAAAACUCCCGGGUUGUGUCCAAAGACAUCACCGCUUCUUGUUGGUGUAACUCCAGUGGAUGAAAGCCCUACCGAUCUGCAUCAUCUGAGUCAGACUUCCUCCUCAUCUUUCCGCCCAGGGGGACACUACAAGCCACCAGAUUGUGUGUCCCGAACGAAGACUGCUGUCAUUGUGGCCUACAGGAACAGGCAGCGCCACCUGGUGAUUCUCCUCAAUCACCUCAUCCCCUUCCUUGUCCGGCAGCAGGCAGAGUUCGCCAUCUUUGUUGUUGAACCGGUACCCAACGUUACGUUUAACAGAGCCCUCCUAAUGAACAUCGGCUUUUUGGAAGCUCUCAAGACGAACAACUUCACCUGCUUUAUUUUCCAUGAUGUGGAUCUCUUGCCGGUGACGGAUCACAAUCUCUACCGAUGUGGUUCCACGCCAAGACACAUGGCUGUGUCUAACAGCAAAUAUGACAAUGGUGGCGGAUUUCAUGCUUAUGCUGGUGGUGUCAUGGCGCUGUCGAAGGAUAUUUACUUGGACAUCAACGGACACUCAAACCUGUACUUCGGCUGGGGCGGAGAAGACGACGACUUGUUGUGCAGACUGGCUUAUAAAGGCUACAGGAUAUCCCGUUACUCCCGCAAGAUAGGGAGAUACAAGGCUGUGUACCACACCGAAGACAGGGGAAACAGUAUCAGCAAUACCAGGUACCAGUUGCUGUUUACGGCCGAGGAACGGAUGCAGUUAGAGGGAUUGCGGUCUUUGUCGUACAGAAAUGUGAAACAAGAGACCAGGCAGUUCUACACAUGGAUUUAUGUUGACAUAAAUGAGAAAUAUUACAGCAAACAUAUAGCUUUCUUUACGUAGAAAAGCCGAACAUCGUUCCGCGAGCAACAGUGCACAGUAACAGACACGAAGAAUACGAUGUGACCAGAUAGUGUCACAUAUGAUAUGAUCUCAACGUGUCACACCGAGAAGUGAGGUGCACUAUAUAUGUGACCCCCAUAGUGUCACCCUGAGAAGUGAAGGAUAUGAUGCGAACACACAGUGUCACACGGAGAAGUGAGGGAUAUGGUGUGAUCUCAUUGUGUCACACUGAGAAGUGAAGCAUACGAUAUUAUUACACUGCAUAUAUUUCUUCAUACAUUUUAUAUUUUCUACAAAUUAUUCAUAACAUAGGAAAUCUGUAUAGGUGCAAG